AUGAGUGAAGACACUGAUGGACUGGCAGAGCUGGCAGAGCUGGACUCUGAGCACAAUGCAGAGCUGGCUGACAUGGUGGCCGCCAUGAACGUGGCAUCCAACCGGAUGACCCCUCCCAACGGCCACCGAAGGCCCCUUGCACCAGCGCGCCGGAAGCUGUCAUUGUCAGACAGGAAGCUAUCAUUGCAGGAGCGAUCAACCCAGCCGCGAGAGGCUCGACAGCCCACCAUCGAGUCCAAGCGGGUGUCCAUUUCGGAUUCCCAGGAUUGUAUCCAGCUCAACCAAUACAAGUUGAAGGAUGAGAUUGGAAAGGGCUCAUAUGGUGUGGUGAGAUUAGCUUACAAUGAAGAUGAUGAACAAUACUAUGCAAUGAAAGUUUUUUCAAAAAAGAAGCUGAUGAAGAUGUGUGGAUUUCCUCGACGCCCCCCUCCUCGAGGAGCCAGCACAGAACAGGGACUGCCACCCAAACCCCUGGGGCCACUGGAGAGAGUCUACCAGGAGAUCGCCAUCUUGAAGAAGCUAGAUCACCUUAACAUUGUCCAUCUGGUGGAGGUUCUUGAUGAUCCUGCUGAAGACAAUCUCCACAUGGCCUUUGAGUUAAUGCCAAAAGGCCCAGUGAUGGAGGUGCCCUCAGACACUCCCUUCACAGAGGAACAAGCCCGCUUUUACUUCAGAGACAUCAUCCUGGGGAUUGAAUACUUGCACUACCAGAAGAUCAUCCACAGAGACAUCAAGCCUUCCAACCUGUUACUGGGAGACAAUGGGCAUGUGAAGAUUGCAGACUUUGGUGUCAGUAACCAGUUUGAGGGGAGUGAUGCUCUCCUGUCCAGUUCAGCAGGGACUCCAGCCUUCAUGGCCCCAGAGAUGAUGACUGAUCAUGAACAUAGCUUUACUGGCAAGGCCUUGGAUGUGUGGGCCAUGGGAGUCACCCUGUACUGCUUUGUCUAUGGAAAGUGCCCUUUCAUCGAUGAAUACAUCAUCGGCCUGCACAAUAAGAUCAGGAAUAGGCCUGUGGAGUUCCCAGACACGCCUGAAGUAUGCAAGGAGUUGAAGGAGCUUAUUAUAAGGAUGCUGGAUAAAAAUCCUGAUACAAGGAUCACCAUUCCGGAAAUCAAGGAGCACCCGUGGGUGACAGAGGAUGGCACUGACCUUCUACCCCUGGAGGAAGAACACUGCACUGUGGUGGAGGUGACUGAGGAGGAGGUUCAGAACUCCAUCAAACUCAUCCCCAGUCUGUCUGCUGUGAUCCUGGUGAAGUCCAUGCUGAGGAAGAGGUCCUUUAGUAACCCCUUUGAGUGUCACAACAGGAGAGCAGAGAGGUCUAUGUCUGCUCCAGGAGGUCUCCUUGCGGACUCUUGGGGGCGACUAGAAACCGAGGUUCAUCCUUCAUUGAGGAAAUCAAGCAGAGAAGGAGAGUUGGAUGGAAACGGAGAAGGAGAGUUGGAGGACCUUACUGAAGAUGAUGGUGCACUUGCAGAGGGCUGCUGUGACAUCUGCCAUGGCAGCCUCAGCAACAGGCUGAGCCAGCCAGGCCAAUGCAGAGGCCAAGUGGGACUCCCCCGGCCCAGCUAA